CGCGCUAAGAAGGUUCGUUACAUACGGAUAUUCACUGUCAGAGAGUAAUUCAAAUCUUUCAAAUUCAAAUAACUGUAAAAAGCAGCUAUAAAAAAAAUUUACAAGUGUAUUUGUGCGUUGUCGGGUUUGGCAUGAACCAUAGUUAAUCGCCGUUGAUUGACAGUUUGCCAAUUUGAAAUCGAAAGUGCUGUUCGCAACCAUUACCACAUUGAGCUUUGGCUAUAAUUAACGGUUACACUGGUUAACGGAGCCGUAUAAAUUGAAAGGAAAUAUUUUUGGAAAUACAAAAAAUAACGGUAAAACAUAACACCUUUAAAGGGGAUUAAGUGUAUGGUUUAGUUAAAAAAGCAAAAUUUUAAUGAGAUUCCAAACUACACAUGUACCUACAAAUCUCCGACCCAAUUUUGGCUUCAAUUGGAAUGUUUUGAGUGCUUUGCUAACAGCAUAAACCGUUAAAGUGAUUUUUACUGCCAAAAACGGAAACAACAUAAAAGGAAACAAACGUAAACAAUUAUUGCCGUUUGUUCUUUUCAAUUUAAAAUCAACAGUAAAUGUGUGCAUUUUAGUAGUGUUAAUAACAGUUAAUUGAGAAAGUGAUCGUUUCUUGAUUUUUCAGUGUCACGACACUAACCACUUUAUUGUCCUCUUGGAAUGCUAUCAAAUUACAACAAAAUUGCCUGAGUUCUUAAUUGUGGCGAUUUCAGCACUGCACUGAAUAUUUUCGUAAGUUCUACAAAAAAGCACUCACAAUGUGGCACUGGCUGGAAAUUGCAUUGAUAUUCCUCAUCUUUCAAGAUUACACACAAAGUUUGCGGCUGGUCGAAGUGCGAAUACCAAAUUACGUGGUUAAGGGUUCAUCAGCACAACUGGAAUGCCUCUAUGAUUUGGACGGUGAGUCGCUGUACUCGGUGAAGUGGUACAAGGACGGCAACGAAUUCUAUCGAUACGUGCCACGAGACAUGCCACCAGCACAAACGUUUCUGCUGCCGGGUGUAGCAGUUGAGCUUCACAACUCCAGCGAUGCCAUAGUUACGCUGCACAAUGUCAACCUACAGUCGGCGGGUCGCUUCCGCUGCGAAGUUUCCGGUGAAGCGCCUUCUUUUCAGACAGUCACUGAACAUGGCGAUAUGGUUGUGGUCUCUCUACCUGAUCAGGGUCCACCGAAAAUUACUGGUGGCCGUCCACGCUACCAAGUCGGCGACUGGGUGCGCGUAAACUGUACAGUUGGCCGCUCAAAGCCAGCCGUUGAUCUGUCAUGGUUCGUUAAUGGUGAACCAGUUGAACCGCGUACUUUGAGAAAAUAUCCCUCAGUCAUAUCUGGACGUGAAGGCUUGGAAACUUCCAUCUUAGGCUUGCAGUUUCGAGUUGAACAGCAUCAUUUUCGAAACAGCGAUAUGAAACUAAAGUGCGUUGCAUCGCUGUCCACUUUGUAUUGGCGCAGCAACGAAGAGUCCGUCGAGGGCGAUCGCCCGCAAAAAGCGCCCGUCUUAGAGUCGCGCGAAACCGUUUACGCCAGCAAUUCGCGCGCCGAUCCAGUGCAAGGUAUGUCACUCCGGGAAAUAUUUGUUACCAAAAUCUUAUCGUUUUUCAUUCAACCAAAUGCAGCCAGCAAAACGGACUCACAUCUAGUGGCGCAUGCGCCCAGUUUGUUGCUGUUGCUGCUGGUGGCGACGGCCGUUGCCAGCGGCUGCCUCGAACAGUUGCACAUGUGGCAGCAGUUGUUCACCAAGCAGCCAACGCUGCGCCUGCACGACAAUUGUAUGCAACAGCAACAACAACAACAAAAACGAAAAGACAUCGAAAACUGCGCGCAACAGCAAAAUGAACAAGUAACAACGCAGCAAGAGCGACAUGAACAACAACAACGAAAGACGGAGAAGCAAUUAAUGCAAUGGCAGCAGCAGCAGCAACAGCUUGUAAAACGAAUUGUUGCCGGCGAAAUCAAUCAGUUGAUGAGCACAGAAUACCAAGCUAUAAUACCACUGUUCCAAAGCCAGCGCCAGCAGCAGCAACAACAACAUAGCCAACACUGGCAACAACAACCAGCGGAGAAUCAAGUGUGCCGACAGCAUUGGCAUGUUAAUGAGAACAAUGAAGGCGUGGCACGGAAAUGCAAAAGCGCGUACGAAUUGGAAUUUGUUAAUUUAUGUGCGGAAAUGCUGCCGGCAUUGACAGCAAUGACAACAACAUCCGCCGCGGCGACAUAUGCCACUUUCGCCGCUGCUCAUUGCGACGCGGAUGCAGUGGAUUCCGCCGAUGUUGUCACAGCUGUCGCCGCGGCAUUGCCAAUUAAACGAUUGCUGGCUGUGAGGUAACUGCGCUGCGCAGCGGUGAAAGAAGUGUAAGCGAAAAAAAGGCUUCUCUACCAUAACUGGACUGUCGCGUCGCAAUGCUGCAGGGUAACGAGCCAUGCAACUGAGCUAUUGGCCAAAUACAAGAACAAGCGAAAGAAGGACAAAAAUGAAAAGUGUAAAUUUAAUUUCAAUAAAUUCGAAGGACAGCAGUCGAAUGGAACUGCUGCCGAUGACGCUUUGGAUUUCAAAUUACAAUUACGGCAAAAAAAAAUUGAAAACUUCCUUUGAAACCAAUUUGCGUAAAUAAAAUGCAGUAAAUGAAAAUCCAACAAAUUAAUUAUUUAAAGCAAAAUUUUUUGAAAAAUGUGAAAUGACCAAAAUUAAAAUUAUGUAUAAUAUGGAGAAUGCAAAUCAAAAGUGCACGCUUGUGAGUUGAUGGUUUAGGUGUACCGGUGUGUGUGAGUGAAUGUGAUUUAAAUGUUGGUGUGUGUUUGCAAACGUGUAAGAUCAAUUCGAAAUCAGUUGGAAAAAGCGCGAAUGCUUAUAAGUAUGUAUAUGUGAAUAUAAAUGAAAAGCAACUACUGAAUUUUUAUUAAAUUUAUUUAAAAUGAAUGGAAAACAUUUAAACUAGUUGUAAUUCAAUUACCAUAAAGCUAGAAUUAGACUCCAUGUCUAGUCUAAAUGAACAAUGAACAUUUACAUACAUAACAUACAAAUUACUGUUAAAUGUAAUUAGUUAGCAAAAAAUAAAAUUUAAACAAAAAUAGAAUUGUUAUAUUUGUUAAGAGGCGGUGAGGUGCAACGAAAUGUGGACGGAGCCAAUUGAGGGAAUUUGUAAGUGUUCAUUCGAAAAUUAAAAAUUUAUUUGAGGUUUUCUGAAUUAAAUACAUAAAAAAUGCAUUACAUAUGUAUAACUGUCGCUUUGACCACAGCGAAACGAACUUACAAAGUGACACAAGGAAAAUAUCUCCGACCCUUGAGAGUAGUGUUGAAUUCGAUUUGACUGAGUUUAUUAAUAAUUUCCCUAUCUUCACUUAUUUCGAGUAAACGUGAAAAUUAGCGAGCAGCUAACAUUCGCAACAAUCUUCUGAAAACAUAUCUUAUUUGUGUGUUUGCUAGUACCAGCCAGUCCAAAAACUGAUUAUGAUUUUAUUACACAACAUACCAUAGUGGCAACCGACGAGUGUUUAUCGAAGCUUAUAGUGAUUUUCCAAUUUUUCAAAAUUGGCCUAAUAUUCACGGGAGUUGCUUUUUGUCGCUGAAUUUGCUUCCAGUGACCAAUAACGUUCGGCCGAAAGCCACCAAAAAGUCAUUGAAAGCAAAAUUCGUGAAAGUUGGUAUUACCAUUUGAAUUAUUUAGAAUCUCGGAGAAGGUCCUUUAAAUUUUAUUGGAAACAAAAUAGUAAUUAAUAAAAUCUUCAUUAAACUGUCUUGAACUAUGCCCGCUGAGUUUUGAGUUUAAUAAAAUAGAAUAAAAAGGAAUCUGUAACUAUUCUAACAAUUGUGAACUAUGACAUAGAAGAAAA